CUGUGUCAUGUGACUCUCCCAGUCAUCACAUGACCCAUCCAUGUCAGGAAGCCGGAAUUACUUGCAGGGCUAACCUAGUGCCUAUAGCUACGGCAGGUACCUGCAUCCUUGUUUUUGUUUAGUGGAUCCUCUAUCCUUGAGAGACUCUGGACCCCUGUGGUCUUCUCCUCAUCCAAUGACCCUGAGGUGAUGGAGUUUUCCAGAAAGGAAUGUCCCAAGCCUUCGGGUAGGGUAAGCAUCAUGGCCGCCAGCCUCACAGGAUUGCUUCUACUUCAGGCAGUGUCAUGGGCAUCAGGUGCCCGCCCCUGCAUCCCUAAAAGCUUCGGCUACAGCUCGGUGGUCUGUGUCUGCAAUGCCACAUACUGUGACUCUCUUGAGCCCCUGACCUUUCCUGCCCUCGGUACCUUCAGCCGCUAUGAGAGUACACGCAGUGGGCGACGGAUGGAGCUGAGUACGGGGACCAUCCAGGCUAAUCGCACAGGCACAGGCCUGCUACUGACCCUGCAGCCAGAACAGAAGUUCCAGAAAGUGAAGGGAUUUGGAGGGGCCAUGACAGACGCUGCUGCCCUCAACAUCCUUGCCCUGUCACCCCCUGCCCAAAAUUUGCUACUUAAAUCGUACUUCUCUGAAGAAGGAAUCGGAUAUAACAUCAUCCGUGUACCCAUGGCCAGCUGUGACUUCUCCAUCCGCACCUACACCUAUGCAGAUACCCCUGAUGAUUUCCAGUUGCACAACUUCAGCCUCCCAGAGGAAGACACCAAGCUCAAGAUACCCCUGAUUCACCGAGCCCUGCAAUUGGCCCAGCAUCCCGUUUCACUCCUUGCCAGCCCCUGGACAUCACCCACUUGGCUCAAGACCAAUGGAGCGGUGAAUGGGAAGGGGUCACUCAAGGGACAGCCCGGAGACAUCUACCACCAGACCUGGGCCAGAUACUUUGUGAAGUUCCUGGAUGCCUAUGCCGAGCACAAGUUACAGUUCUGGGCAGUGACAGCUGAAAAUGAGCCUUCUGCUGGGCUAUUGAGUGGAUACCCCUUCCAGUGCCUGGGCUUCACCCCUGAACAUCAGCGAGACUUUAUUGCCCGUGACCUAGGUCCUACCCUCGCCAACAGUACUCACCACAAUGUCCGCCUGCUCAUGCUAGAUGACCAACGCUUGCUGCUGCCCCACUGGGCAAAGGUGGUACUGACAGACCCAGAGGCAGCUAAGUAUGUUCAUGGCAUUGCUGUACAUUGGUACCUGGACUUUCUGGCUCCAGCCAAAGCCACCCUAGGGGAGACACACCGCCUGUUCCCCAACACCAUGCUCUUUGCCUCAGAGGCCUGUGUGGGCUCCAAGUUCUGGGAGCAGAGUGUGCGGCUAGGCUCCUGGGAUCGAGGGAUGCAGUACAGCCACAGCAUCAUCACGAACCUCCUGUACCAUGUGGUUGGCUGGACCGACUGGAACCUCGCCCUGAACCCCGAAGGAGGACCCAAUUGGGUGCGUAAUUUUGUCGACAGUCCCAUCAUUGUAGACAUCACCAAGGACACGUUUUACAAACAGCCCAUGUUCUACCACCUUGGUCACUUCAGCAAGUUCAUUCCUGAGGGCUCCCAGAGAGUGGGGCUGGUUGCCAGUCAGAAGAACGACCUGGACACAGUGGCACUGAUGCAUCCCGAUGGCUCUGCCGUUGUGGUCGUGCUAAACCGCUCCUCUAAGGAUGUGCCUCUUACCAUCAAGGAUCCUGCCGUGGGCUUCCUGGAGACGAUCUCACCUGGCUACUCCAUUCACACCUACCUGUGGCGUCGGCAGUGAUGGAGUGGAUACUCAAGCUCAGCCUGGGCAUUAAAAGGACAGAGUCAGCUCACACGCUGUCUGUGGCUAAAGAGGGCACAGCAGGGCCAGGGUGCGCUUACAGCGACAUAAGCCCAAGGGCAGUGGUUUGGGUGAUUCACUUUCCCCUCUAGGUAUUGCCAGGGGCUAGAGGCCCCUAGAAAAAGACCAGUAAGCCCCAGUGUCCCCCCAGCCCCCAUGCUUAUGUGAACGUGCACUGUGUGCUGCUUGCUUUGGAAACUGGGCCUGGGCCCAGGCCUAGAGUGAGCUCACUGUCGUACAAACACAAGAUGAGGGGUGAGGGUAAGGAAAAGAAGAGACUAGGAAAGCUAGGCCCAAAACUGGAGACUGUGUUUCCUGGAGAUGCAGAACUGGGCCCAUGGAGCAGCAGUGUCAGCAUCAGGGCAGAAGCCUUAAAGCAGCAGCAGGUGUGCCCAGGCAGCCAGAUGGUUCCUGUGGGACUAGCCAGGAAAAAUGGCAGCUCUUAAAGGAGAAAAUGUUUGAGCCCA